AUGGGUUCGGCUGGCUCGAAGAGCAAGCAAGACAAUGCGAAGAGAAAGGACUUGAUGAAAUCAGUGAAGAUGAACAGGUACGCGUUUGCGGAUGCACAGCGCGAGCAUAUUCUCGCGCUCCUUAAAGUAGCGGAGGCUAUAAAGUUGUUUGUAGAAAGCCAUUCUUUCGAAGUUUCGACGCACUCUUCAAAUGCAGACAGAGGAAACGAGCUGCAGGAAAACUCAGACUGUGCUGAGACAGAUGAGGAACAAGAGGAGGUGGAUCAAACAGUGCCGUCACCGCGGGGAGAUUCCGAUUGCUCCGAUGGUGACGGUGAUAGAAAAGAGGUGGUGAAGACAAGUAAUGAAAAGGGUAGAGAGAGAGAAUUGUUGGAAGCAUUGAAAGAUGUCGAAGACUACUUCCGUCGGGCGUAUGAUUCUGGUUUGCACGUUUCGAGGAUGUUAGAGACCGACAUGGCUCAGGUGCAAUCAGCAGCCGAGGAAAUUAAAGGGAAUCUCAACCGUUCAAUGACGCGGAGCCGCUCCAUCUCAUCUACAUUAUCUUGGUCUUCCUCUCGUAAAAGUCUACGUAAAUCUAGCUUAAGAAGUUCUUCAACACGGGCUUGUUUCGAUGGUGGUCUCCUCGGUGACAAGGGAUCUCCAAGCCAUUCGUUAACGAUAGGAAAGCUAUAUGCUUUGGAGGAAAACCUCUACAGCGAGCAGAAGGUAAUAGAGGAAACUGAGAAAAUUUGUGACCGAAAAUCGGAAGAUCUAGACACCAAAAUAUACGAGAUUGAAAGCUUGUAUUGCAGAAUUUUGACGGCCAAAAAGAAUGCUAAAUCAAUCUCCGAGACAAUUCGGAAAAUGAGAGAUGAAGAGCUACAACCACAGCUCGUUAAGUUGUUAAAAAGCAUAAUGAGCAACUCAAAGAAAAUGUCUGAAUUUCUGGAAACCCAAAAGAGAAUAAUGUCCGAAGUGAACUCUCUCAAAUGUCCGUCCAAUGGAACGCUCUGCAAUGACUCGAACCAGGUUGCUACUCGGAUGCUCGAAAAGGAACUUCUAAAUUGGCGUACACACUUUGCGUCGUAUGUUUCUUCGCAAAAGGCGUACGUCAAAGCUCUAGACCGCUGGCUAGCUAAGUUGGACGAUGCUGAAACUGAAAGCAAGUUAAAAUCAAAGGGGGUUAACCCGUCAUCGCUUGCAAUUUGUCGACAGUGGUCAGAUGGCCUAGAUAAGCUGCCGUAUCAAGCUGUGACUGGCGCCAUCAAAAGCUUCGUGAAAGAUGUCCGGGCACUGAGGGAUCAACAACAUAAGGAGCGCCGACAAAAGAGGGAGGUUGACAAGCUUGCCAGAAGACUCAGGAGGGAGAAUUUUUUGCAGGAAACAGACCUCAAGGAACAGAUGCGGACUGAGAAGAAGAAACUUCAUACUAUUACGCAGAAGAUGCAAGAUAUCGCUGUGAACGGAUUUCAGACGCAGUUUUCUGAAGUUUUCGGUUCCAUGGCUAAAUUUUUCGACUCCAUGGCCGAGUUGUUUUCAAAGUCUGCUACAAAAAAGUCUGGUCGUCCAAGCAAAAAUGCAAGCAGGACUCGUGUGAAAGCGAUCGACAGAUGA